AUGGAAACCACAGAGAACUAUACUAACUAUGAUCCAACGACAGAGUAUGACUAUGAGGAUGCAGCACCAUGCCAGAAGGAAGAUAUAAGGGCCUUUGGGGCCCAGUUAUUGCCCCCUUUGUAUUCCCUGGUAUUUGUUAUUGGACUGAUCGGCAACAUCCUGGUGAUUCUGGUCCUUAUCCAGUACAGGAGACUCAAAAGCCUGACCAGCAUCUACCUCCUGAACCUGUCCAUUUCUGACCUGCUCUUCCUCUUCACACUGCCCUUCUGGAUUGAUUACAAGCUGAAGAACAACUGGAUUUUCGGUGAUACCAUGUGUAAGUUCCUCUCAGGGAUUUAUUACAUAGGAUUGUACAGUGAGAUCUUUUUUAUCAUCCUGCUGACAAUUGACAGGUACCUAGCCAUUGUCCACGCUGUGUUUGCCCUGCGGGCCCGGACUAUCACCUUUGGUAUCAUCACCAGCAUCAUCACCUGGAUUGUAGCCAUCUCAGCUUCUAUCCCAGGUUUCUACUUUUCCAAGAGCCAGAAGGAGAAAGCUUAUUUCACCUGCAGCCUCCAUUACCCUUUCGAAAGUCAACGAGAAUGGAAACAGUUCCAGGCUCUGAAACUGAACAUCUUGGGGUUGGUGUUGCCUCUGUUGGUCAUGAUUGUCUGCUACACUGGGAUUAUCAAGAUUCUGCUCAAACGGCCCAAUGAGAAGAAAGCCAAAGCUGUCCGUCUGAUUUUUGCCAUCAUGAUUAUCUUCUUUCUCUUUUGGACACCCUACAAUCUGACUGUGCUUGUUUUUGCUUUCCAAGACUCCCUUUUCACCCAUGAGUGUGAGCAGAGCAAACAGCUGGAUCUGGCUAUGCAAGUGACAGAGGUGAUCGCCUACACCCACAGCUGUGUCAACCCUGUCAUCUAUGUUUUUGUUGGUGAGAAAUUCCAGAAGUACCUACGCCAGUUAUUCUACAAGCAUGUGGCUGUGCAUCUAAUCAAGUGGUUUCCUUUUCUCUCCAUCAACGGUCUGGAAAGGAACAGCUCCACAACCCCCUCCAUAGCAGAGCAUGAACUCUCUGCUGGGCUCUGA